AUGCAUCAAAAGGAUCAACAACCUCCACUUAGAAAAACACAAAUUACAUUCCACCCAAGUGGACACGAAGAAUUUAUGAUGACGCUACACGAAAUCGCAGAAAAAAGUUCACGUGAAUGGGAAAAGCAACGAAGCAAUAAAUCAUUGGAAAAGAAUAGAAAAUCUUGUUCAACUAAUUACAUGACAUCAUUGCAAGCUAGUGACUGA